AUGAAUUAAGGUAACUGCAGAUGUCUCUAAGAGGGUUGUUACAGUAGUAUAUUAGUAUAAGUCUCAUAGUGACAUAUAUUGAACAGUAGACAGAAAAAAAGAAUAAAGACUACACGACACACUAGAUCUCUCUCUGUUGAUGAUUCAUAACCAGCUGGUGCCAAAAUAGAACUGCAAAUUAUUCUAUAUGUCUCUCAGUAAGUUAUUCAAAGAAUUGUAAAAUGAAAAUAGAAGUCAAUAUCUGUCACUGAGCUUCUUAAUAUCAACAGAAUAUGUCUCUGAGCAACGUAUAGGUCUCUGAGAGGGUGAUUUUUAGUCCUUUUAAAAUAAAACAGAGUUUUAUUCAGUUGAUUUAGUUAGAACAUGUCACUGAACGAUUCAUAACUCACCAAGUUACACAUAUCUCUCCCGUUCAAAAUACCGCUCCUUGUACGAGUAAGCAUAUAUCUCUGAGAGGCUCACAUCUCACUUAGAGACUUGUAUAUACAGUUUUAGAAUAAAAUUUGACAUUUUUAUUCGAAUCAGUCUAUGUCUCAAAGUAACAUACUUAACAUACUUAUCUUGGUGAGAUAUUAGCACCUCUAUUAGGUUGAGUCACUACGUCUCUACGAGCCUCAUAUAGCACCUAGAGACACACUGAUACUGUUUUUAAUUAAAUAAAUGAUUAUUUUCAAUUAAAACACCACAAACACACGUCUCUAUGUGACAUAUACCAAUUAUAUAAUGUUAUAUGUCUCUAGGUAACAUAUUAAUACUACAAUUAAUUAAGAAACUAAUCAAUUAAACCUGCAACAGCAUAAAUCACACAUUUAUGAAACUUGUUUCCAAGUUUCAUAAAAUUUAGCAAACUUGGAUGUUGAUUUUUUUAACCCACAAGUUACAUAAAAAUGAAAAAUUUUAUGAAACUUGUAAAAAUUUUCAUAAAAUUUUGAUUUAUGAAGACAAGAUAAUCCGCUGUAGGUGUUGUGUGUUGAGUGAAUACAUUCUGUAUCCGUAUUAUGACAGCACUCGAGAGUACGUCAAGUUGACUUGAAUUCCAAUUAGAUGGAGUGAUCUAAUUCAAAAUCGAACGUGUCAGGUGAAAUUCGUACUUUAUGCAGGAUACUCAGUAACAUAUAUCGGCAAACAUAUAUUGCCGUCAAACAAAGAGAAAAGAAACGACGAAAGAGAGUAGAAAGGAGUAAUUUCCACGUAAAAUCAGUUUUUCAUGUUUCUCGAAAGGUAGACUGGGCACCUACAAGUGGAUACUGUUAUCGAAACCAAAAUAUAAGAUCAAUGACCGUUCUUUGAAUAACUGUUGAGCGAAAGUAGAUCGCAGUUUUCGCUGUUCGAUCAUAGGAUGGGAAGCUCCACAUCCCUGCGACUUCUCAUUUUUGGUGAAAAACGUAGUAUGAAUCAGAAGUGGCCGCGAGUUAUUAACUGUGUGUCUCAUUAGGCAGGCAAUGGCUACUAACUUAGUCACUCACUACCGUGAUCAACUGUAUAUCUAUCUGUUUUGGCCAUUCAACUGAAAUACAUAUCUUUAUAUCUAUAUAUUUGACUGACUGUCGUCCGUACGGGAUAACUAUCUAUAUGAGUGACUAUAUAUGGGAUGUCACGAAGAUGUCACCCGUCUACUGUGCACGGACAGACAUUUCGUUUGUAUGAUCCUUUCUUCCAAUCAAGAGAAUAAAGAUCUUCUAGUAAAACCUAUUUUAAAAGACGUUUCUGAAAAGAUUUCUGCUUAUGGAAGCAUCCCCCCAAGUCUUCUAGUGAUGAAAAUCGCAACUAUCUAUCACCUCCCGUUCGAGUGUUAUUUAGAAAACACCAAACUGCACUGCUUUUUUUAUGCACAGUAGUCCUUAUGGGUUUAAAAAUAAAUAAUCUUAGUUGGGAGAUACAUAUCGACGAACUUACUAAUGCAUACCAAAUACAUAUAUGUAAUAGGUAUAGAUGCUCUAACGAAAUCUCUGCUUUAUCAUAAUUACAGAAUUUUACCUGUCUAACUUCGGCUCUACCUCUUUUAAAGAAAUGAGAUUCUGCAUUAGGUGCACAAAUUAGGUACAAUUUACUUGACUUUUCAAGCAUUGUAUUUGUUUUAAAUGCAGUUUAAUAUUUUUAGGAUCGACCUAAAAUGAUGAUGGAUUUUUCGUUAUUUCAUAUAACUGUUCGAUUCAACUUUCCUAACAUAAUAUUCACUGUACAACUGUCUAUAACAUAAUCAGGGUUGUCACAUGUGUCUGCCUUAAUAUAUUUAAUUUGCAUUAAUAUAUUAACAUAUGGCAAUAAUCAUAAUAGAUAGGAAACGGAAUUUCAGCACAAUCCGUGAUUCACUCAUAAUUUUUUCUUCAUUAAAACAUUUGUUUUCAAAAUAGAUUUGAAUCAUAGUGGAAUAGAGAUAGAUAUAAUUUUUCAAAGUUUUUACCAUUGCCUGUACAAUUUUUUAAUUUCUGAUUGACUUUUGUUUAUUGAUCGCGUUUGAAUAAUAGUUUGGGAGAGGACAUCAUAAGCUGUUUUGUGAUUUAAUCAUAUUCUGUUGUGUGCUUAGCCUCUCUAUGUGUCGUUAUAGAUUGAAAAUUUUGGUCAAGAUAGUUUACCAAAUAAAACGAUCGAGGAAAAUGUUUUAGAGUUAUGGAAUGGUUUGUAUACAUACAUAGCAAUGUUGUCCACCUCAUCAACUUCAUUACCCAAUAAUCGUAGAACAAAUGUAUUAUUUUAACAAUUUACAAUAAUAAUACCUCUCGAUGAUUAAGAAAAUACGACAACAAGGAAUUUAGUAAAAAAAAUUUAAUCGCCAAUUAUUAUUUUAUAAUUUCCAAAAUUCUGAUCUCAGCUUAAUUCAUUUAAAUGAUAUUUAUUAUUUAAUCAAAGAUAAAUUAGAUUAUUCAAAUCUGUAGUGGAUUCAAUAUGAUCUAAUAUGAAUUUAUGUUUCUUUUAACAUCCUAAAAACCCUAAUUAUCCUAAAUAUUUUAAAAGCCGUAAAUAUCAUGAAGAUCCUACAUAUCCUAAAUAUCUCCAAUAUUGUAAAAAUCCUGAAUAUCCUAAAUGUCCGAAAUGUCGUAAAUAUCGUAACUAUCUGCAGAUCCUGAAUAUUUUAAAUAACCUGAAUAUCCCAAAUAUAAAAAAAAUCGUAAGUAUCCUAAAUAUCCUAAACAGCCCAAAUAUCGUAAAUAUCCUGAAUCACCUAAACUUAAUGCUAAAUGCAUUUAAAACCUUCAGCAUAUUUACGGUAUUUCUAUAUUUGGGAUAUUUAGGAUAAUAUAUAUCGUAGAUAUAUCUACGAUCUUUAGAAUAUUCAGGUUAUUCAGGAUAUUUACGAGAUUGAGGAUAUUCAGGAUAUUAGGGAUAUUCAAUAUAUAUAAGAUAUUUAGGAUAUUUAGGAUAUUUUGGAGAAUCAGGAUAUUUAGGAUAUUUACCAAAUUUAGAAUACUUAAUAAAUACCCUAAUAAAUAUCCUAAAUUUCGUAAAUAUCCUCAAGAUCCUGAAUAUCCUAAAUCUCGUAUAUGUUCUGAUUAUCCUAAAUAUCGUAAAUAUCCUAUACGAUAUUUAGGAUACUUAGGAUCUUAAGGGUAUAUACGACAUAUCUAAAUAUCUUAAACAUUCUGAAUAUUCUGACUAUUCGAAAUAUCAUAACUGUCGUAAAUAACCUGAAGAUCCUAAAUAUCCUAAAUCUCUUAAACAUCCUGAAAAUCGUGAAUAUGCUAAAUAUCGUAAAAAUUCUGAAUUUCCUAAAUAUACGAAACAACGUAAAUAUCUUAAUAUCCUAAACGUCGUAAACAUCCUAAAAACCCUAAUUAUCCUAAAUAUUUUAAAAGCCGUAAAUAUCAUGAACAUCCUAGAUAUGCUAAAUAUCGCCAAUAUUGUAAAAAUCCUGAAUAUCCUAAAUGUCCAAAAUGUCCCAAAUAUCGUAAAUAUCGUAAAUAUUCUAAAUAUCCUGAAUAUCGUAAAUAUCGUGAAUACCCUACAUAUCCGAAAUAUGCCAAAUAUCGCAAACAUCCUGAAGAUUUUGAAUGUCCUAAAUAUCCUAAGUAUCGCAAAUAUAGUGAAUAUCCUGAAUAUCCUAAAUAUCCCAAAUAUCGUAAAUAUCCUGAACCACCUGAACUAAAUGCUAAGUGCAUUUAA